AUGAGAUAUUUGGAUGGUGUCCUGGUAUGCGGAGCAACUGAAAAAGAACAUAACAAGAAUGUUCUAUCUUUGUGUGAAGAAAUCGCUGAAGACGGAUCUAAAUUACGCAUGGACAAAUGUACGUUUGCAAAGUCCGGAAUCUGCUAUGGAUUCAUAGUCGACAAAAAUGGUAGGAGGCUGUUCCCUCAGAAAAUUGAGUUCAUCAAAAAUAUGGCCGAGCCGGGAGACUUCAAGCAGCUACGUGCAUUCAUAGGAAUGAUGACAUACUACUCCACAUUUAUGCCGUCCAGAAAAGUCUAA